CUCGAACUUUUGUCAGGCCUCACUGCAGCAUCUCACUAUUAGUAUUAGCUUUGCCCAGCCUUAAAUCCACCGCCGCCCUCAUUGCCCCCUCACUGGAGAUCUCUAGGCUUCUUCUCUCCGACCGUCUGUGUCUGCAAUCCUGUGCCCCUUCUCUCUUCUUCGUCCCUGCUUCGUCUCCAGGAUACUAAGUCAAGAGCACCUUCACCAACGGGAGAAGGGCCAGGUGCGGUUGGGAAACAUGAGCACAAGCACCAGCACCUUUGUCAUCAGGUGGAUCAACUUUUUCACCAUGAUAUUAGGAAUAGGAGUAAUUUUCUUUGGAAUAUGGAUGGGCGUCCAUCAUGAUCAAUGCCGAAGGUCGUUGACCCUUCCUGUCAUGGGUCUUGGUGCAUCGAUUCUUUUAAUAUCAUUUAUUGGUUUCCUGGGAGCUUGGAAGAAUGUUGUGGUGUUUCUCUGGGUGUAUCUUGUCAUGUUGUGCUUGAUUUUGAUUGCGAUCAUGGUUUCCACUGUUCUUGCGUAAGUAUUAUAUUAACUAUUCAAUUUAUUAUCUCAGUUACGAUAAGCAACUAUUCCUACUUCUUGAUGAAUCAAAGGAUUUCCAUGAUUUAUUGUAAAGGAAGGUUUAUCAUAACAAAUAGCGGUUCAGGUCAUGCUGUAAAUGGACUGAGGUACAAGGAGUACCAUCUUCAAGAUUACAGUCCUUGGUUCUUAAAGCAGCUCAAUGAUAGCAAACACUGGAGGCAUUUAAGAAGUUGCCUAGUCAAAUCUGAGGAGUGCAACAGUUUGCCAAAAAGAUUCAAGACUCUCAAGGAAUAUAAACUAGCAGAAUUAACCCCUAUAGAGGCCGGGUGCUGUAGGCCACCAUCAGAGUGUGGAUAUCCUGCAGUAAAUGCUUCCUACUACGACCUUAGCUAUCAUCCUGUGAGCAAGAACAAGGACUGCAAACUGUAUAAAAAUGCACGAAGUAUCAAGUGUUAUGACUGCGACUCUUGCAAGGCUGGAGUUGCACAAUACAUGAAGAUGGAGUGGAGAAUUGUUGCAAUUUUUAAUGUGAUUCUGUUUGUUGUGCUGUCAUUUGUGUACUUCAUCGGUUGCUGUGCACGACGGAACGUCUCAAGGAUCCACACGCCAAAGAUACCCAGAAGACGGUGAAUCAUCCUCUAUUCUGAUGCUCAUCUUCUGGGCGAGUCAUUAAAUUAGUUCAUAGAUUUUGAUGGAGCAUAAUUCUUGGUUCUAAUCGUCCUCACCAGAACUGUGUUAAUAGUGAUCGCCUUUAGUAGUUUGCAGAGUCAUGAUUUGCGAGAUGAGAAACUUGUUGGUUUUCUCUUAACUUUUGUUGUUGCACUAAAAAUUGUUGCGAGAUGAGAAAAUGAACUUUUGGAGAACUAGACGCGAAGAAGAUUUAUAAAGCUUUGUAGUGCAAAGAGCGUAGAUUUGUUAGACAUUUGCAUGAAGGAUAUGAAAAGGUUUCAUAAGAUUAUGUUAUCAAACAUGUUUCAGAUUAAUUUUAAUCUUGUGUAUUUCACAAA